AUGAUUCUCUAUGGUGGUGAGAGCACAACUCUCAUCAUAGCACUCUUGAUAAUAACCGCAGUAACUUUGUAUAUUUACCUCUUCUUCAAAUCCAAAUCCCAAAAUUUACCGCCAGGCCCAUCAGGCUUUCCUAUCUUCGGGAAUCUUCUAUCUCUAGAACCAGAACUCCACACUUACUUCGCCGGGCUGGCCCAAACUCACGGCCCGAUUUUCAAGCUCUGGCUCGGUAGCAAACUCGGAAUCGUGGUGAGUUCACCUUCCACGGCGCGUGAGAUUCUAAAAGAACACGACACAGUUUUCGCCAACCGCGACGUCCCUGCCGCAGGUAGAGCAGCAACUUACGGUGGCUUAGAUAUAGUAUGGACCCCGUAUGGACCAGAGUGGAGGAUGCUGAGGAAAAUUUGCGUGUUGAAGAUGCUUAGCAACACAACUCUUGAUUCUGUUUACGAGCUCCGUCGCGGCGAGGUUCGGAGAACGGUUGGGUAUAUUCAUGACCGGGUUGGAUCAAAGGUGAAUAUUGGAGAGCAAGUUUUUUUAACUGUAUUGAACGUGAUUACGAAUAUGAUGUGGGGUGCGGCAGUGAAAGGGGAAGAGAGGGAGAGUUUAGGGGCGGAGUUCAGGGAGGCAGUGGCGGAGAUGACACAACUUUUGGGGAAGCCGAAUCUGUCGGACUUUUUCCCCAGGUUGGCCCGGUUUGAUUUACAAGGUGUGGUGAAAGAGAUGAAUGCUUUGGUUCCUCGUUUUGAUAGAAUAUUUGAGAAGAUGAUUAGCGAACGUGUGAAGAAGAAGGAAGAGAAAGGAAAAGAGAAUGAGAGUAAAGAUUUUCUUCAGUUUUUGUUGAAUUUGGAAGAAGAGGGUGAUUCAAAGACGCCAUUCACAAGCACUCACAUUAAGGCACUUCUCAUGGACAUGGUGGUGGGUGGAUCAGACACAUCUUCUAACACAAUUGAGUUUGCUAUGGCGGAAAUGAUGAACAAGCCCGAAGUGUUGAGGAAGGUUCAAGAGGAAUUAGAAACUGUGGUUGGAAAAGAUAACUUAGUAGAAGAGUUUCAUAUUCAUAAGUUACCCUAUUUACAUGCAGUGAUGAAAGAAACCCUUCGUUUGCACCCGGUGCUUCCGCUUAUGGUUCCUCAUUGUCCAAGUGAAACGACCAACGUUGGAGGCUACACAAUUCCGGAGGGAUCUCGUGUGUUUGUAAACGUUUGGGCUAUUCAUAGAGAUCCUUCAAUUUGGGAGAAUCCACUAGAAUUUGAUCCUGCAAGGUUCUUGGAUGGGAAAUGGGAUUACAGUGGGAAUGACUUCAAUUAUUUUCCAUUUGGUUCUGGGAGAAGGAUUUGUGCUGGGAUUGCAAUGGCUGAGAGGACUGUUUUGUAUUAUACAGCUACGCUUGUUCACUUGUUUGAUUGGACAAUACCCGAAGGAGAAAAUCUGGAGGUUUCAGAGAAAUUUGGUAUUGUAUUGAAAAAGAAAACACCUCUGAUUGCUAUUCCCACGCCACGAUUGUCCAACCCGGAUUUUUAUAGAGAGAAUUGA